AGAGAAGGUAUAUACAGACGACACAAUUAAAUAUGGUUUGUUUACCAAUUCUGACGAACCCAAUAAUGAUAUAGAAGCCCUUAAAGAUAAAAAUUGGAAAACUGCUAUGGAGUCGGAAUAUGAUGCCUUAAUCAGAAAUGGUACCUGGCACCUAGUUCCACCUCAGAGAGGGAAGAAUGUUAUUGGGUGUAAGUGGGUCUAUAAAAUUAAAAGGAAAGCCGAUGGAUCCCUAGACAGGUACAAAGCCCGCCUAGUAGCAAAAGGAUUUAAACAGAGAUAUGGAAUAGAUUAUGAAGACACCUUUAGCCCUGUAGUCAAGGCUGCCACAAUUAGAAUCAUUUUAUCUAUAGCUGUUUCUAGAGAGUGGAGUCUAAGAUAGUUAGAUGUACAAAAUGCCUUUCUUCAUGGUCAUCUGGAGGAAGAAGUAUAUAUGGAACAGCUACCAGGUUUCAAAGAUGUCACUAAACCUCACUAUAUAUGCAAACUAGAUAAGUCUCUGUACGGCUUGAAACAAGCCCCAGGAGCCUGGUUUGCUAGAUUGAGCAAGAAGCUGAUCGACCUUGGUUUUAGUGCUUCAAAGGCCGACACAUCAUUAUUCUAUAUACAUAAAGGGGAUAUUGCUAUCUUCAUAUUGGUGUAUGUAGAUGAUAUAAUUGUAGCUAGUUCUUCAGAGAGGGCAACAUCGGCACUACUACAGGAUCUUAAGGCAGAAUUUGCUCUAAAAGAUCUUGGAGAAUUAUAUUAUUUCCUUGGCAUCGAAGUCAGCAAGACACACAAUGGUAUUGUUCUCACACAAGAUAAGUAUGCUACUAAUUUACUAAAGAAAGUAGGAAUGUUAGAUUGCAAGCCUGCUAACACUCCUCUAUCUGUUAGUGAGAAGUUGUCUUUACAUGAGGGAUCUCUUUUGGGACCCAAUGAUGCAACACAGUAUAGAAGUAUAGUUGGUGCACUACAGUAUCUAACCCUUACUAGACCGGAUAUAGCUUUUUCUGUUAACAAGGUUUGCCAGUUUCUUCAUGCUCCAACAACUGUGCAUUGGACAGCAGUGAAAAGAAUACUAAGGUGUAUAAAACAAUGCACGAGUAUGGGGCUCAACAUACACAGAUCUGGGUCCACACGUGUGAGUGGUUUCUCAGAUGCAGAUUGGGCCGGUAGUGUAGAUGACAGAAAAUCUACUGGAGGCUUUGCUGUGUUUAUAGGUUCCAACCUAGUGUCAUGGAGUGCUAGAAAACAAGCUACCGUCUCAAGAUCUAGUACUCAGUCAGAAUAUAAGGCCAUAGCAAAUGCAACGGUAGAAAUAAUGUGGGUACAAACUUUAUUAGUAGAAUUAAGGAUCAAGAGUCCUCAAGCUGCUAAAAUUUGGUGUGAUAAUCUUGGAGCCAAGUAUUUGUCAGCAAACCCAGUUUUUCAUGCCAGAACAAAAUAUAUAGAGGUUGACUAUCACUUUGUCCGGGAACGGGUGAGUCAGAAAUUAUUGGAAAUUGAUUUUGUGUCCUCAGGUGAUCAAGUUGCUGAUGGGUUCACUAAACCACUUUCUGUACGCCUGCUAGAGAACUUUAAAAGCAAUCUUAACCUUAAAAGGUUAUGAUUGAGAGAGGGUGUUAAACGAUAGAGUUUAUCUCCCAGUACUUGUGAUAAGAUAAGUUAGUUUAGCAUACGAUCAUGCAUUGUAAUCUCUCCGGAUUGUUAGUCAAGAGCAACAAACUUCCGGGCUUAUGUAAAAGCCACGGUUGGGGCUCUUCCAGUCAUCGAGAAACACGAAAGCGUAGCACAACACGAGUGCUGCGUUUAUUCUAGAAACUUUCAGCGACGACUGCGGCAACAACGAUGGCGGCUACAGCUACUCCAACAACAGCGACAGCAGUGGCAGGUAGCAGCUAGCGGCGGUCGACAGCAGUUGCAGCGUCGGCGACGACUAUGGCGAUUGCGACAACGACGAGGAUUUGUUACCGAUGAUAUGAUAUUGUUCAUGAUACCACUAGUACCGGAUAUGAUAUUGUUCAGGUAUCAUACAUGAUACAUGUGAGGUACCAUGUUACGUAGAAGGUACCAUGAUACCUGAGCAUGCUACCUUGUAGUAUCAUAUACGAUCAUCGUUCUAAAUCUGCCGCUAUAGCCGGAGAUAGCUGUUGGAGAGGGAAAAAGCUAAGCUAAUUGAAUAUUCCCGCUACAAUUUAGCUGCCGCUAAUAGUUGUGUUUAGCCAGAGAUGGCCGCUAAAAUAGCCUUCGUUUAGCUUCAUUUAGCCGCUAAAAGUUUGGGUGGCAAAAAUUUGGACAUCAAUUUUUGGGCCCGCCGUAAAUUAGUCCUAC